AGACCCAAACUACUUAGUCAAUUUCAAGUAUACAAUUAGUCAUUACCCCGAGUGUUCCGGUUGCUCAGAUUUACUGAAAAGAGACUUUGUGUGGUUUCUAAACGAAUUUUUGAUUUUUUGAAGCCUGUUUACAUUUACUGUCCUUCACUACUCUGCCCUGAUUCAAAUUUUAUCUUUGUUUCGGGUCAAAAUGAGGUCAUCUUGCGUUAAGUAACUAUUGAUUUGUCAUACAUACCUGAGGGAAACAACCAUCGUUGUUUAUUUUCCUGCUAUGUGUGCAUCAUAAAACUUCGAUCGCAGUUCAAUAUUGCAAUUCCUUAAAAUUGCCGUUCAAAGAACAUCGCCAAGAAAGGUUGAUUAGUGUUCGCGAUCAGUGCUCGUAUGGUUUUAUCUGCAGGAAACACCUUGUUCUUUAUAUAAUCUUUAAAAGACACAUUCAACAAAAAAUGGAGAAGAGAGCAAAAAGGUUUUGCCUUAAUCACAUAUCUUUCACAGUACUUCUUGGCGCAACAGUAUUCGUCUACAUUGGAUCAAUAGGACCUUAUACGUCUGGAAUACUCACCACAAUGCAAAGGGAGUUUCAGCUCAAGAGUUCGGAAGUUGGAGUCAUUCUCAGUAUAAACGACAUUGUUGCACUUAUCUUGGUCACUCCAACCGCUUAUAUCGGAACAUCUCGUCAUCGACCCAGGAUUCUUGGUGUUUUAACGAUUUUUUUCACCAUCGGGUGUUUCAUGUGCGCCCUUCCUCAGUUUGCUGGAAAUAGGAACCGGGUAAUUGAUCCCACGUCAUCAUUCCCAUUCAACGAAACAGCAAACGCUGAAGACUUCCCCUCGAACUCUUACGGUUCCAUGCAAAGUAAAGAUAUCUGCGAAGUCGAACUUGAUGGGGGAGGAGACGACAACGAGUGCUCAAAGGAAGAACUUGAUGCAUCGGGGGCGCAGUAUGGAAGAGCCUUAUGGUUUCUCGUCGGUCAGGGAUUCAUUGGGUUAGGCUCUACUGGAUACUGGACCCUUGGACUAACAUACAUGGACGACGGUUUGCCUUCCAAGGCAGCCCCUUAUAUGUAUUUCGCUACACUAUUUAUGUUGGUCAGCGUGUCACCCCUAACAGCUUUUGCACUCAGUGGGUUGGCACUGUCCUUACACACCGAUUUCUACAAAAUCGACGUCGACGAACUGGGCUACGGAAGUAAAGACCCUCGAUGGAUAGGUGCUUGGUGGCUCGGGUAUGUCAUCUACGGGCUAUUGAUGGGCCUAAUUGCAAUACCAUACUUCUUUUUCCCAAAGAUGUGGCCAGAAAAGGAUGUUCCGAUGGAUGAUAUGAAAGAGAAAAACAGAAUCGAAGAAGAUGAUGAUCAGCCUACCGCAGCAUUCUUGAUAAAGAGCAACCUUCCUGACCCUGACUCAACGAUCCUGGGAAUGAUCAAAGGUUACUUCUCCGCUGUUCGUCGCCUUGCUACCAACAUGACGUACUCGACUGUAAUUAUGUCCUCAGUUGCCGACUCCAUUAUGUUCAGUGGAUUCUUUUCGUUUCUUGGCCGCUACCUACAGACACAAUAUGACGUCACACCAUCAAUGACGUCAAUUAUACUUGGUCUUGCAAUCACACCCGCCGGCGUUGUUGGGAACUUCUUCGGUGGUCUCUUUUUCAGACGACUCAAACUCUCUCUGAAAGGUAUUGCGGGGGCCAUCAUUAUCUCUGCCGGUAUCUCCCUCGUCAUAUUAGCUAUGAUGUUCGUCGUAAGCUGCGAUACCUCAUCGAUCGCUGGCCUCAAUUUCCCUUACCCCGAUGGCACCGAAACGCUUGCAAGCGAUGUGGCAACCGCCACUUGUAUGAGCAAUUGCUCCUGCCAAGUUGGUGUGUAUACUCCCGUGUGUGGGUCGAACGGGCUAUCGUACGUUACACCAUGUCACGCUGGCUGCACCGAUCAGAGGCUUGAUGAGGUUAGCGGCAAGAUGAUUUUCUCAAACUGUUCAUGCAUUGGUUCAAAUGUGUCUCCCACUACGUCUGCAUACGAUGAUAACCAAGGUAGUACGGCUGUACUUGAAAAAUGUUCGGCAGACUGCGAUUCAAAAAAAUACGCCUUCAUCGUCUUACUUGCUGUCCUGUUCUUCUCUCUGACUUUCUUAAAUGUUCCUGAAUUCUUUCUGUUCAUGAGAGUAGUAGAAAAUAAGGACAGAGCGGUUGGUAUAGCUUUCUCUAGCUUACUUCAGAGAGUCUUAGCAUUCAUACCUGCUCCGAUAUUUUUCGGGACAGCUAUUCAGACAACCUGCAUCAUGUUCCAGGAAUCGUGUGGCAUCACAGGGAACUGCCUCGUCUAUGACAACAUUCGCCUAUCACGUGUUGUCAUCGGACUAGUGUGUAUCUUCAAAGUGCUAUCACUGGUCAUGUCCACCCUCUGUUACUUUACGAUACGACGAAAUGAAGCAGGGGAGUACCAAUACCUACAACUAUGCAAGCAAGAAAACCUGGAGGACAGAGAGUCGCAGUUAGCCGCCCUCACCCUAGAGGAAGUCAAUGUUCCGUUUUAUCCAUAUGAGACCAGAGUUUAGCUGUUUAGCAAGAACAUUGCCGCUGCUCAAAUUACCAGGACGAAAGACAAUAAUAAAUCAUUAAGUAAUCAAUCCGGGAACAGUAUUUAAAUGCUGAUAACAAGUUUCUUUUUACAUCAUCGUUUUACUUACAGUUAAAUACACUGUUUUCAAAGGGGUACUCCAGGCUGGAAAUAAUAAGAUUCGAACUGAUUAAAAAGAUCAUAUAAAUAAAACACUGUAAAAAUGAUUAAAAUCGGACAAGAAUAACAAAAUUAAGGCAUUUUAAAGAAUUGCGUCAUUCCGGUGAAACAUUUCAACGUAUGUCAUCAUGAAUAUUCAAUGAGCAAAUCGAUGAUGUCAUAUUCUUACUUGUUCUAUUGUUUUUCAUUAUAUGAAA